AUGGUUAAUGGAAUGCCCCUGUCGGCCAGUCGAGUGCCUAAAUCAGUGCUCUUCUACAGUCUCACGAUGAUAUGCAACAUGUUCUCGCUGGUCUUACAUAUCCUGCUCGUCGUCAUGGAGCAACAAUCAAACUUCGUGUUACGUCCCGUGCUACACGGACUCGGAAAUGCCAUUGCAGUCAGACUGCCGUUCCCGCCAAAGUCACCUAUCGUCACUCUUCGUGCCACUCUGGGAGUCUUCGUUUCCUUGUUGUACUUAAUAUUUAUUUUUGCAUUUCUGAUAUUUUGA